UGUCAACAUCAGAGUCACGUAUAAGGCACGGUAACAGGACAUAGUAAGACUCGAUAACCGAACAUUAUAAAGAUACGGUGACAGAAGGGAGAGCUGUGUUCCUGAAGAACACUCAUGGCAACGUCUGCUCUCUUGUGUGUUGUCGUCCUUGGAAGUCUGGGAUGUUGCUGCUGUCAGAUGACCAUUCGAUCGUUGAAUAUCCGAUCAGACAUCCGGUACCGGUUUGCGACCACCCUGGUAUCGAGUACGCUCUUCAAUGACCACGCCCAGGCUCAUGAGGCUGUUUUUGAAGUAACUCUACCCAAAGAAGCCUUCAUUUCAAACUUCUCCAUGAUCAUCGAAGAGAAAGAAUACGUGGGGGAGGUUAAAGAAAAGCUGAAGGCCAAGCAACAGUAUCAGGCGGCUAAGGAGAAAGGUCAAAGUGCAGGUUACGUGUCUAUCAGAGCACGACAUUCGAACAAAUUUAACAUAAACGUGAACGUUGCUGCGGGGACCUCUGUCACUUUCCACUUGACCUAUCAGCAGCUUCUGGUUCGUUGCCAUGGAUACUACGAACACAAGGUUCAUGUAAAUCCGCGCCAGAAAGUGAGUGCUCUGAAAAUCGAAGUGUACAUCCAGGAAAAUCGAGACAUUACGUAUCUGACAACGCCUGGACUCACCAACGACGUCAUCACAGAUUUUGAUAUAUCAGACAACACGUUGACGACAGUUAACAGACCGUCACCGAAAUCUGCCUACAUCGUCUAUGAACCAUCGCCUGAAGAACAGGGACCCUCUGGCUUCCACGACAAGCAAUUCGUCGUGCGGUAUGACGUCACACGGACAUCGUCUGCUGGGGAAGUUCUGGUUGUUGAUGGUUACUUCGUACACUUCUUCGCGCCGCAGAACGAAACCUCACUGAAACCCAUACCGAAGGAUAUCACAUUCAUAAUAGAUGUGAGCGGCUCUAUGACAGGACGCAAGUUGACCCAGGUCAAGGGUGCCAUGAACAUGAUUCUCGACGAACUUCGAGAAGGAGAUCGGUUCAGCAUACUCCUGUUCGACAAUAAGGUCAAGAUGUGGAAAGACCGCAUGGUUCCCGUCAACAGAGACUACAUCCUACAGGCCAAGCAGUUUGUAGAGAUGAUGCAGGCAGUGGGCUCGACUGACAUCCAUGGAGCGUUUGACAAAGGUCUCGAGUUUCUUCUCAACGACCGAGAUCAGAGUCACGUGCCCAUCGUCUUCUUCCUGACGGACGGCCAGCCAACCAGCGGCGUCAGAGACCCCGUGGAGAUCGCGUCAUCGGUCAGGAGGUGGAACGAAGGAGUCAGCGCCAUCUUCAGUCUGGCCUUCGGGGAUGACGCGGACUACAAUCUGCUGAAGAAGAUCUCCGCACAGAAUGACGGAAUCGCACGAAAGAUCUACGAGGCUUCGGAUGCCGCGAAACAAGUCCAAGGCUUUUACGACGAAAUUUCUACGACCCUUUUGACCAGCGUUAAAAUACAAUACCUGAACAGCACUGUUGACCCCGAAUCGCUGACGAAGACCAAUUUCAAGAACUUCUUCAACGGUUCUGAAAUCGUGAUUUGCGGGAGGAUGGCAGACGAUAUUCAACUCGUGGAUGAUAUGGGUAUCACCAUAACUGGUACAGGUUUUAAGGGAGACGUUGUCUUGGUUUUACCCAACAGCACUGUGGAUGACCUGGUCAUCGACGAAGACUUGGUGAUGCCUGAAAACCCGUUCUUUUCCAUGCCAAGAGAUUUCACGUCCAUCAUAGAGAAAUCCUGGGCAUACCUCACCAUCAAGGAACUCCUUCAGAAGAAGCUGCAGACGACAGCUAAGAUCAUCAAGGAAGAUAUUGACAAACGUGUACUGAAAUUGUCUUUGAAGUAUAAUUUCGUGACGCCGUUGACAGCGAUGGUGGCUACCAAACCUGAACAGACUGAACCUACAGCAAUCGACAUCGAAGGAGAUGAUUACAAACCUAAGGAAAACAUCCGACCGUCGUACGGCUUGUCGCACAGAUCGAGCAUGUCGGCAGUGAUGAACAGCCGCCCAUCCUAUCUCAGCGGGGCGCGAUACCCCAACCCGAAGAAGCACAGAAGGGUGUAUUCACCACAUAUCCCCUCAUACAGUGGUGUGGUAGACAUGGCUUAUGUAGGUCCUUUUGGGAUUAAUCCACCUCCGACGAUGCCGCCAAUAUUGGAUGUCCUGGCAGUGACAAUGCGUACAGGAGCCGUACACCCUUCAACAACAUCACGAAACACCUAUUACACGUCGGUACACACGUCGACGACACCUACAGGCAGGCCAAAUAAAUCAAAACCAAGGAAAGACAAAGGGAGGCGAAAGCAUAAAAAACAAGACAAAAUAAGGAAAGGACGGAAAUGUAGAAAUGUGAGCGUUGGUCACCUAGAGGGCGUGGCAGUGGGCGUGGCUAACCGAAGCGAGACAGUUCUGUGUUCCAAGAUGGUUGGUCGAGUGAGACAUGGAGGUUUUGAUGUACUCCCAGCCAUUCGUGGAGGACCUCAAGUUACCAUAUUCUUCACAAAAGGACCUGCUAAGUUCAUCAAUGGAUUUGAGAAGAUCGUCAUAACCUCUUCCGGUGCAUCCGUGGAAGUUGACGUCAGUUUAAUGAUGGCACCAAGCACCAUGCUGGACUCCAUGAAAUGCGUCACCAAUAAGAUGAACUCUUCUCACCUAACGAUUAAGUGCCCAGAUGUUCAUGUGAUAGUGUUCAAACAUCGAACUGAAUAUCGAAGGAAGUGCUUUGAUAGCUAUUUUGUUUCUGUACAAAUCGACAAGAAACUAACCAAAAGAAAAGGCAAAAAACAACUUGAUGUGUGGAGCAUGAUGAAAAAGGGGAGACCACUCAGUCCGAAGACUGGACUAGAAUCCUAUUCGAUUUGCGAUGGGCACAAAGUGACCAAGAUUAAACUGAAAAAGCCGAAACACCGCAACGUGACCUAAACUGGUUCCAUCAUCAACGUGUGAUCUCAGAACCGCAGGAAGCAAGGACUCUGUGCCCCACCUUCAACUUAAAGGCCCAACACAUUUACUUUUUAAAAAUAUUUUAUUAUAUAUGUUAGUUUUUAAAAAUAUUUUAUUAGCCUAUAUAUAUGUCUUCACCCCACUGAAACACACGUCAGUUAUCAUUCCAGCAGGCCUACUCAGGCGUGUGUGGGUGGGUGGGUGGGGGGGGGGGGGGGGGUAUCUAAACUGGGGCAAACGAAGUUUUUAGGGAAGUAGGGUCAUGCAACACCGAAAAAAUACAUUAAACAAAAUUCAAUUGGAGCGGGGGGGGGGGGGGGGGUCGACUCCAAUCAACCCACCUAUCUGCACAUAUAUCUGCUGCUUCUAACAUUUAAUAUAAUGCAAAAAGCUUGAUACAGAGAUAUAUGACUAAAAUUUAGUCACUAAAUAUAACUUCACUCCUUAUAUUAGUCAUGGGGAACUCGUUACGACAGAAAAAACUAAAAUACAUUGAGUGGGAUCAAUCUUGUGACCCAUCACACCUCAGUUGAGCGCUCUAAAACACUGAGCUACAUCCUAGCUGCCUCCCCACAUGAUUUCGGAUCCUGGUUUGUGUUUUCUGAGGGAAGAGGGAGGGUGAUCAGUUUUCUUAGGAUUGUUCCAGAAUUGGAAUUGGACGAAUAGUUAGUGGGAAAAUUAAAGCUUCAAUGGCUUUACUGUGCAAAAUGGGUGAGCAAGGCCGGAUUUAGACCUUGGGGGGGGGGGGGGGGGGGGGCAGGAGCCCGGGACACUUUCGGUUCGGGGGGUCCUCAACAUAGUAAUUAAAUUACAUGACAAAUAUAAAAAUGAACUAAUUUUAUAAUACAUUCUUUUAUAAAGGAAGUCCUUAGUCUGGGGACCCUCUGGUAGGGGGGCCGGGACAAUUGCCCCCUUUCCCCCCUUAUAAAUCCGGCACGGUGGGUGAGGUGACAUUAGGAUAGAGAUUGGGGUGGAAGAAUGGAUAGAGAGAUAAAAUACAUUUAUGAACUCAUGUGUCGGGUUAUAAGCUACUUUUACGUUGUUGUUUUUUUGUUUUGUUUUUUCUUCUUCUUCUUGGGGGGGGGGGGGGUGAAGAAAAUGUAUUGUUCUCUGUGUUAUAUGCGGAUAUAUUCACUUGUUUUCUAAGUACAUGUAUAUAGCAAUAUAGAAUGGCUAAUUCAUACAUUUGUAAAUAAAAAAUUCAAAAGUU